UUAUCUCGUAAUAUAAGUGCGUAAUAAAAAGUAUAUGACGACUGCACAUCUUAUAUAAAAUAUUGAAUUAGAAAAUAAUAAAAGUACUAAAGAUUUCUAUAUAAUCUUAUUUCUACAGUGUUUAAUUGUAUUUUUGUAUUCAAAUAUUCAUUUGUAUAUGUAAAUGUGUUAGUAUUACAUUAUUACAUCAAACUGUAUCGAUCGAUCUUUUUAUGACAUGAUAGGUGUUCCACAUAUCGAUCUUUACGGACUUUAAUUGUAGAGAGACGAAUCACGUGACAUUACAGAAACCUAAUUAUCUUAAUGUUAUCGUUACAUAUUAUCUACUAAAAUCUGAAUAUUCAUGUAUCCAGAAAGAAACAGGAGUAAAAUCCAUAAGGAAAUCUAACUUUCCUUUAGACUUAUUCAAAAUAUCUUUACGCAUAUAUACGGCGGAGGAAUGACAGAGUUAAAAUCUGACAAGAAGAUUCAUAUAUGCAGUGAGUGCAACAAAACAAAGCAAGAAAUUAGAAGAAUAUAUAAUAGUUCCGAAUGUUGUUGUAGUUGUAAACCACAAAAAUAUGACUACGUUGAAGGUGUGGUAUGUAAAGAAACGGAUAUCAAAGAAAAUGAAAUGAAAAUAUUACCACUUGGAGAAGAUGGAGGAAAAGUAUUAUUAAUUAAGCAAAAGGGAGAGCUACAUGCUAUUGGUACAAAAUGUACGCAUUAUGGAGCUUUACUCCAUACAGGAGCUCUAGGAGAUGGAAAAGUAAGGUGUCCUUGGCAUGGUGCCUGCUUUAAUAUAAAAACUGGAGAUAUAGAAGAAUAUCCAGGAUUAGAUUCUUUGCCAUGUUAUCAGGUAAAUGUGGAUGACUCAGGCCUUGUACGUGUAAAAGCAAGGCGUAAAGAUUUAGAACUCAGUAGGCGGGUAAAAGAGAUGUCCAAACAAGAUUCGAAUAAUCAGCAAACUGUUGUAAUCGUUGGAGGUGGACCUGCAGGUGUAACUUGUGCUGAAACUUUACGACAAGAAAAUUUUACUGGAAAUAUUAUCAUGGUUUGUAGGGAAAAUGCAGUUCCAUAUGACAGAGUAAAAGUAUCCAAAGCUCUUGACUUUGAUGUUGAAAAAGCAGCUUUGAGACCACGGUCAUUUUAUAAUGACCAUGACAUUCAACUAAAACUGGGUAUUGAGGCUACAGGACUAAACACAGAAGAAAGUACUGUUCAGUUAAGCAAUAACGAGAAAUUAACAUAUAAUUAUUUAUUUCUUUGUACUGGAUGUAAGCCUAGAAUGCCAAAUAUACCUGGUUCUACAUUAUCCAACAUUAAUGUGCUGAGAGAUUUCACUGACUCUCAGGCUGUAUAUUCUAAAUUAGCACCCGAUAAACAUGUUGUAGUACUUGGCUUAGGCUUUAUUGGUAUGGAAGCUGCUGCAUAUUGUAACGAUAAAUGCGCAUCUGUUACCGUUGUAGGAAGAGGUAAAAUACCUUUUCAGGCAGUUCUUGGAACAGAAAUCGGUGCAAGAGUUAAAGAAGAAUUUGAAAGGAAAGGUGUGAAGUUUAUGUUUGAUAACAGCAUCGAACGAUAUAUCGCAAAAGAAGACGCGGCAAAUACUGUAGGUUCAGUGGUACUUACUGAUGGCAGCGUCCUUCCUGCCGAUAUAGUUAUCAUUGGAAUUGGUUCUACAUUUUACACAGAUUGGAUAAAAGGUUCUUCUAUUGAGAUGUUAGAAGAUGGCACUCUAAGAGUAGAUAAGUACUUAAAAACAAACGUGGAAAACGUAUAUGCUGGCGGUGAUAUAGCAUAUGCACCAAUAUUUGGUUUAGACGAUAAGUUUGCAGCAAUAGGUCAUUUUUCGUUAGCGCAAUAUCAUGGAAAAGUAGCAGCGUUAAAUAUGUGCAAUAAAACUACAGAAUUAAAUUCCAUACCAUUUUUCUGGACAAGCCUUUUCGGAAGAAGUUUCAGAUACGCGGGAUACGGAUAUCCAGAUAAGAUCAAAAUUUAUGGUAAUUUGGAGAAUUUGGAAUUUUUCGCAUAUUACUUUAAGGAUGGUCAGGUAAUUGCGAUGAGUAGCUCGGGAGCGGAUCCCGUCGUAGCAGAUUUUGCGAAUCUGCUUCAUGAAGGGCAAUCCUUGACAGAAGCGGAAAUUAAUAAAAAUCCAUUUGGUUGGAUAAGAAACAAACCAAAAGAUUUCCAAACUCGAUUUCAAACCAAUUCUAACAACUGAAUGAAACCAAUGAUAUUGACAACAUAAUAAGUGGAAACUUGAUGCAGAAAAAGUUUAUUCCUAACCUAUUUUUAUUACUUUGAUAUGACAAAACUUAAGUAUACUUAUUUUUGGUAUUUAUAUCACAUUAUAUUUUCGUACAACAUACUUUACAUGUGCAAUAAAUAUAAAGAUUUUACUAUAACAUUAAAACACAGGAUAACAUAAAUGAUACUGGCAAAUACAAUUUCUUACUAAUUUUUUUUCGCACUUUGUGAGAGGGAACUUCCAAAUACAUGUGUUUUGA